CUCUUCUUUCCUGCCUGCUCGGCGUCGUUGCGCGUGUCCCUGCCUGGCCGCCUGCCCGCCGCCGCCGCCACCACCCCGCUCUGCCCGGCUCGCUCCCCUCGCGCUCCCGGCCUGCCCGUCUCUCCGCGCCCGUGCCCCGCCGUCCCAGCGCUGCCCUGCGCUCCCCCGCCGGCCGCCCCCGCAGCCUAUGGCCCUGGAGGGCGCCGCUGCCGCCGCCUGUAUUUCUGCUGUAGGUUCCCACAUCCCUCUUUAAAAAUUCCGCCUAAAAAGCGAAGACGAUUUACCAAAUCUUUCGGGCCGUUGUCCCACGGCAAACUCUCUGAUCAGGUUUACAACUAUCCAGAAGGCCUAGGAGAAGUGCUUUAUAGAGAACAGUUCGACUUCAACGCCGAGCCACCUUGGGAACCUAGCUGAUGAUAGUAGGGUUCCAUCUCCUAACUUGUCCAUUUUGUUGCAUAAUUUAAGGACCCCGGAUCUAAGGCUUGGCGGCCUGUCCCUUGUGUUUCUUGGUUUAUGACUGUCGGCUUUGCGGAAUACGGCUGAGAUGAAAGGAUUUCUUGAGGAUGCAAACUACUCCAUUGGCUUGCUGGAUGAAGGAGCAACUCGAGAUGCUAUUGACAACUAUGUUUAUGAACAUACACUUGUAAACUGGAAAAAUGCAUUUUUUGUUGGUGAUCUUGGAAAGCUUCUGAAGAAACACAACCAAUGGCAGAAUGUGAUGGCACCAGUAAAACCAUUUUACACUGUAAAAUGCAAUUCCACUCCAGGUGUACUUGAGAUUUUGGCAGCUCUUGGAAUUGGGUUUGCAUGUUCUAGUAAAUCUGAAAUGGCAUUGGUACAAGACUUGGGCAUUGCUCCUGAAAACAUUAUAUAUACAAAUCCUUGCAAGCAAGCUUCUCAGAUAAAAUAUGCAGCGAAAGCUGGGGUAAACAUCAUGACUUGUGACAAUGAAAGUGAAUUAAAGAAAAUAGCACGGAACCAUCCAAGUGCUAAGCUCUUACUACAUAUUGCCACAGAAGACAUUAGUGGAGCUGAGGAGAUGAACAUGAAAUUUGGCACCAUGCUGAAGAGCUGUAGGCACCUCAUGGAAUGUGCUAAGGAGCUUGAAGUCCAAAUAGUUGGUGUUAAAUUUCACAUUUCAAGCUCUUGCAAGGAACCUCAAGUGUACAUUCAUGCUAUAUCUGAUGCUCGGUGUGUGUUUGACAUGGCUGAAGAAUUUGGCUUUAAGAUGAACAUGUUGGACAUUGGUGGGGGCUUCACAGGUUCAGAACUUCAGCUGGAAGAGGUUAAUCAUGUCAUCAGUCCAUUGUUGGAUGUCUACUUUCCUGAAGAAUCCGGUGUUAAUGUGAUUGCAGAGCCUGGAUGUUAUUAUGUUUCAUCUGCAUUUACUCUAGCAGUUAACAUCAUUGCAAAGAAAGCUGUUGAAUACGAUAAAUUUCUUCCCUCUGGAAUGGAGCAAACCAGGAGUGAUGAGCCAAUCUUUAUGUACUACAUGAACGAUGGUGUUUAUGGUUCUUUUGCAAGUAAAUUGUUUGAAAAAUUUAAUACCAUCCCAGAGGUUCACAAGAAAUACAAGGAAGAUGAGCCUCUGUUUGCCAGCAGCCUUUGGGGGUCCUCCUGUGAUGAGCUUGAUCAAAUUGUGGAAAACUGUCUUCUUCCUGAGUUGAGUGUCGGAGACUGGCUGAUCUUUGAUAAUAUGGGUUCUGGUACCUUGGGUCAACAGUCUGCCUUUAAUGAUUUUCAGAGACCACCAAUUUACUACAUGAUGUCUUUCAGUGACUGGUAUGAGAUGCAAGAUGGAAUUACUUCAGACACAUUGAUGAAGAACUUCUUCUUUGUGCCUUCUUGCAUUCAGCUGAGCCCAGAAGACAGCUUUUCCACUGCAGCUUAAACAGGCAGUAACGCUUCAUGUAGACUUGCAGUUGCAAGCCUGUAGUUUGUCUGGUCAACAUUCCACUGUGGAAUUAAAAUGGAACAAUCUUGAAUUCAACUCAUUCUCUUCAAAACUUGAAAAUUAGUAAUAGCUAAUUGGGACCAGGCAAAACCAGCUACAACUACAAUUCACUGGGGUGGGAGGGUUAGAUAAUAGUGUCCAGAUUUAAACUUGCCAGUUCGUUCAACCCCUGAGCGUUUAAAUAAAAUAUGCAACAAAAUGGAUGACUUAGUCGAGAUGGAAACCCAUCACUUGGGUUCUCAGUUAAACAGUUUACAUACAAGUACACAGUUUUUAUACUAAGGAUUCCUGUUAGAAAGUCUUGUAAAGUUAUUGUCUUUCACCCAGAUAUAUCAAAUGUCAGUGGGAGACUAGUGUGACUUCAUUAGAGAUGUUCAGUGUAUUUAGUGUGUAAAUUUGUGCUUUGAACUGUAGUUCAAUAAAUGUAAAAUUGCAUCAUAGUAUUUGUUGUAUUUGCCCUUGACGUAACCCAUGUAUGAUUGCAAUAAAACUUUGUGUAGAUUUUUUUUCAGGCUCUCUUUGUGAGAGGGACUAGAUAGCAGUGAAAUGGAUAUGUAGAUGAUUGUUUUGAAAAGAUUUUUUUUUUUCUUCCAGCCUAUUAUUUCAGGUUUAGGUUGGCAGAACAUUAAAUGAUGAAUAAUUAAUUUAAGUAAAUUAAGUUUGGUGAGCUAGUGUGAAGGGAAGUUCAGAUGAUAAGUUCCUGGCAAGCUGAAAUGCAGUUUGUGGUGUUGCUUCAACAUAAACUAAAUUAUAUUAACAUUUCUAACACCAAAAAUAUCAAACCUUCAAGGCAACAGUAGUGAAUAGCAGUACCUAGGAGGGAGGUAGCUGUAGCUAGAAUGCAUGUAGUACCCAUGUAGAAAUAUGAAUUACAGCUGUACUGAAUGUUGAAUAGAAAUGUCAGUUCCCUUUUUUGAACUAGCUUUAUAGAAAACCUUCAACUAGUCCUGUACAGCAUUGUCUUUGUAAUAGAAGGGCUACAUGUCUUCAGAAACCUUGAUGCUCUUUUGCACUGUACUUUUGUGUAUUUAAAUAACAGCAAAGCACACCAACUAUAUAUGCCAACUAAACUUAAUAACUGAAGCUGUUCAGUGGAAUUACUUGUUCUGUUAUUAAAGUCUCUUGAUUCUUUUC